CUGAGAUUCAUUUCCUCAGCAGACCAGGGUUGUAUGUGUAUGUGACAUCAUCAUGCCUCCUGUGGACCCAGCUUUUGCUAGUGUGCCCAAGAACAAAGCCUUCUUUGCUGUCUGGAGGAUUGAGCAUUUGAAAGUGGUGCCAGUGCCAAGGGAACAUUAUGGAAGCUUCUUCACAGGAGACUCCUACAUUGUGUACAGUGCAGGAAGUGGGACAGAGUUUGCCAACUCCAGGACCAGGGAACAUGUGGCCAGGGGUCCCUUGGAGAUGCACAUCCACUUUUGGCUAGGGGCAGAGACAUCUAGUGAUGAGGCAGGAACUGCUGCAUACAAGGCAGUGGAGUUGGAUGACCACUUGGGUGGACUGCCAGUGCAGCACAGGGAAGUCCAAGGCUCAGAGUCCAAAAGAUUUCUGGCCUACUUCAAGGAUGGUCUCAGACUGCUUUCAGGAGGUUGUGCCUCAGGGUUCUCACAUGUGACCCCUGACCAGUCACCAAAGCUUUUCUGUGUGAAGGGCAAACGUUUGCCAAUAGUCCAACAGAUGUCCUCAGUGUCCUGGGAACACUUCAAUGAGGGAGACUCUUAUGUCCUGGACCUCCAAGACGCCAUUUUUGUGUGGAAUGGGCGCUCUGCAAACAAACAUGAAAAGCUACAAGCUGCCAAAGUUGCUGCAAAGCUCAGGGCAGAGCAUGGUGGCAGCCAUGUUGUGUUCAUUGAAGAUGGCCAAGAGGUGGCACUGCCAGCCCAGGAGAGACAGUUGUUUGCCAGACACUUGCCACUCAAGGACAAGCAUGUCAUCAGGAGGGCUGACUCAGUGGACUCUGAUGAAGCUGCUGAGCAGAGCCUUCAUCAAGUCAAGCUCUUCCAAUGCUCAGAUGAAGGAGGCACUCUCAGGGUGUCUGAGGUGAAGACUGGACAGAUGUUCCAGAAGGACCUCAAACAUGAGGACACAUUCAUCAUAGACUGUGGACCAAAGGGUAUCUGGGUGUGGAUUGGCAAGCAGGCAAACAAGAAGGAGAGGGCAGAGGCCAUGAGAAAUGCCCAGGGGUUCAUCAGGAAGAAGGGCUACCAUGUGGCCACACCUGUCACCAGGGUCAUUGAUGGGGGAGAACCCCUGGAGUUCAAGGCUCUCUUUGCCACCUGGAGGGACAAGGAUGAGACCAAUGGUUUCACACCUCUCAAGCCAAAAAGCAGAGUUGCCAAAACAGUGCAGACCAAGUUUGAUGCUGGACUCCUGCAUGAGAACCCAGUGUUGUCAGCAGAGACACAAAUGGUGGAUGAUGGCACUGGGCAGAAGGAAGUGUGGAGGAUAGAGAGGUUCAGCAUGGUGUCAGUGGACCCUGAACACCAGGGUCUGUUCUACUCUGGGGACUGCUACAUAGUCCUCUAUGCCUACUCCACUGGUGCCACAGACCACUUCAUCCUCUACUAUUGGCUUGGGUCACAUUCAAGCCAGGAUGAGCAAGGAACAGCAGCUCUGAAGGCUGUAGAGUUGGAUGACAAGCUGGGAGGCAAACCAGUGCAAGUGAGGGUUGUGCAGGGCAAAGAGCCUGCCCACUUCAUGGCCAUAUUUGGUGGCAAGAUGACCAUCUUGUCUGGGGGCAAGGCCUCUUCUUUUGAUGGCAAAAGAGGCAAGGACACCACUGGUCCCAAAGAAAGGCUCCUUCUUCAAGUCAGAGGCACUUCCAAACUCAACACCAAAGCCAUGGAGGUGGAAUGCAGAGCAGGUUCCUUGAACUCCAAUGAUGUGUUUGUACUGAGAUCCAAACAGGCAACUUAUGUUUGGGCAGGCAAAGGAUCCACAGGGGAUGAAAGGGAGAUGGGCAAAGAGAUUGCUGCAGGUGCUGGGGGCCCAGUGGACCCAGUUCUGGUGGUUGAAGGUGAGGAGUGCAAUGCUCAAAAGGUGGAAUGCAGAGCAGGUUCCUUGAACUCUAAUGAUGUGUUUGUACUGAGAUCCAAACAGGCAACUUAUGUUUGGGCAGGCAAAGGAUCCACAGGGGAUGAAAGGGAGAUGGGCAAAGAGAUUGCUGCAGGUGCUGGAGGCCCAGUAGACCCAGUUCUGGUGGUUGAAGGCCAGGAGAGACCAGAGUUUUGGGAGGCCAUUGGGGGCAAGGAGCCUUAUGCCAAUGCCAGGAGACUUGGGGAGGACCAUGUUCAACAGCCAGCCAGACUUUUCCAGUGUUCCAAUGCUUCUGGCAGGUUGACUGCUGAAGAGGUGGUGAACUUUGCUCAGGCAGACCUUGUGCCAGAUGAUGUCAUGAUGCUGGAUGCCUGGGAUGCACUGUUUCUGUGGAUAGGCCAGGAGUCCAAUGCUGUGGAGAGGAAAGGUGCUGAGCAAAUGGCCCUGGAGUACCUGACAGCAGACCCUGCAGGCAGGGACAACAUCCCUGUGUUCAGGAUCAAACAGGGAUGUGAACCACCCAACUUCACUGGCUUCUUUGGGGCUUGGGACCUGGCACUAUGGAAUAACUGCAAGACAUAUGAUGACUUGAGAAAAGAGCUGAUGAUGUCCAAUCCUGGGAUAGAGCAAGUGACUCACAAGAUUGAGUCUGACUUCUCAGCCAGUCUACCAACAUACCCUCUGGAAAAACUGCAACACAAGGUCCCAGAAGAUUUGCCAGGAGAUGUGGACCCAGCCAUCAAAGAAGCAUAUUUAAGCAAAGAAGACUUCCAGAAAGUUUUCAAAAUGUCUGAGGACUCCUUUGCAGCCUUGCCAGAGUGGAAAAAGCAGCACCUCAAAAAGUCCCUUGGGCUCUUUUGAACUAGUCUUGCCAUGAGUUGAUUGCCAAAAUGAGCUUUCUAGGCUGGCUAUUGAAGUAAUCAUCUGUCUUUCUGUAUGUCACUUUUUUUUCUGUGUGGAGUUCCAGCAGAUAUAGGAAAGGAGUAUUUUUGUUGCUUUGGAAAUGUUUGUGGGGAGGGGGAAAAAGGACUCCAUGAAUAAACCUUGGUUGAAGAAGCA